GGCAAUCAAUUAAUUGAAAAGAAGAUUCUCCAAAAUUCUGUAAUAAUAAUAAAUUAAUAAUUCAAGAAACAGCUUUUCUUUUGCUUAUUCAAUAUCAAGAUUUUCUCCAUUGCGCGUUAAAUUAAAUAUUUUCUCAUCCACUGAGAUUCCAUGGCAAGCCUUUAUAGAGGAGCGUCUAGGAAGGACAUUAAACCUAGAGGACGGCAUCAUGGGUUAAGUCAACAGAAGAAGCAAGAAAUUAAGGAAGCAUUUGAGUUGUUUGAUACUGAUGGAUCAGGUACUAUUGAUGCCAAAGAGCUGAAUGUUGCCAUGAGGGCACUUGGUUUCGAAAUGACAGAAGAGCAAAUUACUCAAAUGAUUGCAGAUGUGGACAAGGAUGGAAGUGGUGCAAUUGAUUUUGAUGAAUUUGUGCACAUGAUGACAGCCAAGAUAGGAGAAAGGGAUACUAAAGAGGAGCUCAUGAAAGCAUUCCGCAUCAUUGACCAAGAUAACAAUGGAAAGAUAUCUGUCGAUGACAUUAAGAGAAUAGUAAAGGAUCUGGGUGAGAACUUCACUGACAGAGAGAUCAGGGAGAUGGUUGAGGAAGCUGACCGAGAUCAUGAUGGAGAAGUGGGUGUUGAGGAGUUUAUGAGGAUGAUGAAGAGGACAACAUAUGGAUACUAGAGUGAAGUUCUACACAUGUUGACAGUCCAUCCUAUGCUGCGGAUUGGGUAUGCUUGUAGCUGUAGUAUAUUUAUAGAAAUCUGUAUUAAUACAUUAGUAAAGUACCAAGGUUGUCUGAACAUUUAUUUAAAUUGACUUAUUGGAUUUGUGUUUUUGGA